AGAAGGGAGAUUGCGGAUCAUGGGAUAGCUCCAUUUUUCAUUUUUUUGAGGAAACGCCAUAGUGUUUUUCCUGUUGGCUGUAUAAUUUACAUUUGGUGGACAGGGAGACAGCCUGGGGCCGUUGGAGUGAUUCUGACAAUCGUGGGAACAGUGAUUUCUCCUGGGGAGAGGGCAGAGAGAAUCAUGGGAAAGGGAAAGGUGUAGGGAAUGCACAUCAAGGCAGGAGGCCACGGCCAACCCCGGCCCCAUCCCCGGGUCUGCAGUUUUCCGAGCAACUCUGAGCGCGGAAGGCCUUCUCCUUUAAGUCAGCCCGUCAGCAGCGAAACCCAUUUCAGCUGCGGCCUCGUGCGCGCCGCUAGGCCGGCCCGAGCCCUCCGCGCCGCGGCCGCUGCAGGGGCAGGUAGGGCGGGGCCGCACUCCGCCGAACCGCAUGGCGGCCAGACCGUCGCUCCUUCCUGUGGGAGCGGGGCCGGCCCGGAGGCCGCCCCGCCCCACGGCCCAGCUUUCGCUUCUCCGGGGGAGCCCCUCCCUCGCACGGCGGCCGCCCGGACCCGAGGAUUGAAUGGCGGGCGCAGGGGUGCAGAGCGGCACACCUGGGGGGCCGGGCCCGGCGGAGCGGGAGGACGCGAGCGGCUGGCGCUGCCCCGAGCAUGGCGACCGCGUGGCCGAGCUCUUCUGUCGCCGCUGCCGCCGCUGCGUGUGCGCGCUGUGCCCGGUGCUGGGUGCGCACCGCGGCCACCCGGUCGGCCUGGCGCUGGAAGAGGCGGUGCACGUGCAGAAACACACCCAAGAAUGUUUAAGGCAGUUGGAAGCCAAGAAGCAGCAGCAAGUUGGCAACAUAACCCAAAUAGAAGACGCAGCGGAGAAGCUCAAGACACGAACUGCCAGCUCUCAGGCUCCACGAGCACCACGCCAGUUUCCUUGUUGAAAACAAGCCCCUCACCAGAGCGAUCACUCUUCUUAAAAUAUGCACGCACGCCCACGCUGGAGCCGGACACCAUGCACGCGCGCCUGCGCCUCUCCGCUGACCGCCUGACAGUGCGCUGCGGCCCAUGGGGCCGCCUGGGACCCACGCCCGCGCUGCGCUUUGACAAGCUGUGGCAGGUGCUGGGUCGUGACUGCUACGGCGCCGGCCGCCACUACUGGGAAGUGGAUGUGCAGGAGGCGGGCGUCGGCUGGUGGGUGGGCGCAGCCUACGCCUCCCUGCGGCGCUGCGGGGCCUCGGCCGCUGCCCGCCUGGGCUGCAACCGUCAGUCCUGGUGCCUCAAGCGCUACGACCUCGAGUACUGGGCCUUCCACGACGGCCAGCGCAGCCGUCUGCGGCCCCGCGACGACCCCGACCGUCUUGGCGUCUAUUUGGACUAUGAGGCCGGCAUCCUCUCCUUCUACGACGUGUCGGGCGGCAUGAGCCACCUGCAUACCUUCCGCGCCGCUUUCCAGGAGCCGCUCUACCCGGCUCUGCGGCUCUGGGAAGGGGCCAUCAGCAUCUCCCGGCUGCCCUAGGGGCCGAGACCGGCGUGACUGCCCUAGGCCUUCCACUGCUCUGGUUUCACCAGACCCUAUGGGGCUGCUCUACUGCCAGCUCCCCAAGCAUCCCCCUCCUCUCCCCCACUGGUCAUGCCCUGGGCUUUGAAAACUCCUCUCCUAGGCUGGUUUCAAACAUGCCUUCAACACAGGUCCUCUGCCGGGUCUCUCCAUCGGACCUUCACCACCACCACCACCAGGGCAUGAACACCAGUGCUUUGAGUCCAGGUGCCACCCACAAGUGACAUGUCAGAAUACACCGUCCUCAGCCUCAGGCCUCUCUCCCUCCUAGGAGAGUCAGCAAGGCCUGGCACUUAGUACGCACACAAUGAAUGAAUGAAUGGGUCAUCCAGCCCUUUCUCCCGAAUAUCCCUUUGGUCGGCCUCCUCCUCUCCACUCUGCUUCAGCUUGUCCAUGUCACUUCUCUUCAGAACAGCAGCAAGAGCAUCUUAACACCCUGGGGCCUGAACCCUCUCCCAUCUCAUCCUUCAUUGCACAGCCAGAGUGCUGUGCCGAAAACCUCAUUUAACCUUAGAACUACCAGGAGGUUCCCAAGGACCACAGGGAGAAAAAAGCAGGCACUUUACCUUAACAUUCAAGGCUUUUGUAGUCUGCCCCCAAACUCCUUUGCCCUUUGCCUGUCUCAGCCUUCCCCUGGCUUAACUGCCACAGGAAGUCUCCCCAAGCCACAAGAACCUCUCUUACUAUGACAGCCACAAAUCUGGGACCUUGCUUUCCAACUAGAUUGGAAGCUUUCCAAGGGCAGCUAUGUCUUAUACCCUCCCCGCCCUGUAAAGUUCAGGGUGUCCCUUUCCCUCCCAGACACGUCAAUGACCAGCAGCCGGCUAUCACUGAAUCAGAGAACAGCUGAGCUGGGAAGUCCUCAUGAAUCACCCAGCCUGACCUCACUGGACAUUUGGGGAGACUAAGGUCCUAAAAGAAAGUUCCUUAAAGUUACCCAUGGUGAUUAAGGGUUGGGCCACCCCCGAGCCGCAAGGCAAGUGUUUUACUUGCUCCCUGUCCCAGCUCUUCAAGCCCAGCUUUCAAUGUGGGAGAUUUUACUGCUUAUUCAUUCCUCAAGGGAUGUUGGGAAGGAAUCAGCGGGUGACUGUUGCUUAGCAACCACAGGCAGUUUUCCCAACUGUCUUGGAACUAAAAGAGGAGGAGCUAAGAGUAAGGUCUGGACAGCCCAGACAUCCCCAUGCUCCUCUGAUCCCUCGGUUGCAGGUGUUGCCAAAAAAACCCCAGAGAACCUCAUUUUCUGUUAAGAAGUGACAGAAAUGGAGAAGGCCAAACCAGCAGGACUUCACAGGCCAGCUCCUCUAGAAGGAAGGGGAAGGCCUCUUCGUUGGGUCUGUGCCUCAGUUCUGAAGAUUUAGCAUCAUUAUUUGUCAAAUUCCCCAGAUGGUUUGGAAAUCAUAUUGCGUUAAAGUAUCUUCUUAGGUGUUGGCAAGAGGGCAGGGGUAGGGAGAAGAAGGUACAGGCUGAAACCCACUCGUGGUUCGAACCACAGAAAAACGCCAAUUUCCAAUCGUUUUCUGACCUAAAAAUGCCACUUUCAUACAGGGCAAUGUAAUAAAGUGGAAAUCAAGGCAGAAGGAACCCUAAGAGUGCCUUUGGUUGUAACCAAAUCACUUAAAACUCUAGCUGGACAGAUAGCAUAGUGUCUAAGCACACUGCUCUGGGAAUCCUGAAAAAAGGGGAAUUAAUUCUACUGGGGAUGACCCAGAGCUGAAUUCUGACAGGGCAUUCCUGACAGAAGAAGGUGGAUGCGCUUGACCCUACAUGUCUGUUUAUCCCUGCAAACACUUAUUUCCAGACCCGUGGCAGUCGGGGCCAACUAACACCAGCACCUGCUACUUUGUCGGGCACUGUUCUAAUGCUUUACAACUAUUAACUCAUUCGAUCCUGACAUCAUCCCUAGGAGGUAGAAAGUUAUCCCAAUUCUACACAGGGCAAAACUGAGAUACAGAAUGAGUAACUUGCCCAAGGUCACAGAGCCAGUGGUGGAGGUGGGGUCGUGCUCACGUCCACCAGGCCAUACUGUUCGGGUGAACACAGCUGGUCUCUGGCUGGUGCCUGCUCGCUCCUGUUUCACCUGUGGUGCUUCGCUUUGGCCUACUGAGUCUGCCUUUGGAUUACUUUCCUUGGGCUGAGAUGAGGUCCUGUACCCAGAGUGGAACUUGAGUUUGGAAUUCAUGUAUCAGAGACAGAGCUGGACUGUAAAGGACAAAAACUGGCUUUGAUCCAAUGCCUACUCUGUAUCAAGACCUGUGUGUGCUAGCCAGAAAACGGCAGUUUCAGGGCAAUCCUGUGACCUCGGGCUAGUCAUUUCACUUCUCAGAGAGUCAUCUGUAAAAUGGGGGUAAUGACCCUGCCUACUAGUGUUGGGAGGCUCAAAUGAGCCAAUGGUUAUGAACUUGCUUUAAAAACGACACAGUACUGUACCAUGCCAGGACCCAUCAGCAUCCCCAGCAGACACCCUGCAAUAGCAGGAACCUCCUUGAAUAUUCUCAAUACAGAACUAAAGUUUCCUUGGGGUCCAUGACUAUAAAAUCACUUACCUAAUUCUCCUUCAGAUUUAUACUUAACAGAAAUUUCUUAAUACAGCAAACUGUUUGCAGAUGUUUUUUAAAUGACAUUAAUUUUAUAAUCUGUGGUUUAAUAGAUGUGCACAGCAUUCAACUGUGUUCUUCACUGGAGGUUCAUGUUGCUUCAAGUAGACAGCACAUAGGCCUGGACAGGACCUCACUCACCUCGCGUCCCUUCCACAACUUUCUUGUGGUAGUCCGCUGGUCCCAGGUUGAAUAGUGCCAGUGAUGGGGAGUUCACUGCAUAUGAAUAUAACUCAUUUAGUGCUUGCCUGUGUACAAACAAGCCCUCCCUUCUAGCUGUUCCUGUCCAAGACAGUAUUACGUAGCUUUUGGCAUCUCUGUGAUCAGCCUUUAGCAACAUGGAAGCCAUCUGUGGUCACUUACUGAUUCUUAGAGAUUCCAGGGACCCUUCCUUGCCUCUGCAUCUCUUCUGUUUCUGCAGUCUACUUUGUCAGGGAGCAGGGGAUAAUGACAUCAGCCCAGCAGAGGAUACGCACAGGUGGGCCUGCACGGCCUGGUCCUGGUAGGCAGGAGUCUGUACUAUGAGGAGGGGACAGCCUUCUCAAGAAGCCAAGCUGCGUGUGAGGUGAGGUUAGUGGUAAGCAUGAGAGUGGGGGGCCAGAUCUGAGUCCAGCAUAUCCCCAGAAGCCUUCCAUGGUUCCCCACCACCUAUAGAACAAAGUCCAAACUCCGCAGGCUUUAGGGCCAUUGCUUCCUUCCUUCCCUUUUUUUAAGAUUUAUUUAUUUUAAAGAGAGAACAUGAGCCUGGGGGGGGGGGCGUGG